ACUGGUUCGGUUCUACCAAAGGUUCGGGUCGUUAGACUCUGCGAAGUGGAUUAAGGGCGCUCCCGAACGUACCACUCUCCUCAAAAAUCUGGAUCACCUCUUGCGGCAGCGCAGGAGGUUUCGGGGCUUUACCCAUCGUGGCGGUCGCAAUAUAUAUAUAAACUCAAAUCAAGAGUGUGGAGUUGUAUAUAUUUCCCCGGUAAAAGAGAGGUUGGUUUUGUGCAGCGAGCGACAUGCCACGAGGGCGACGCGGGUAUGGUGCGAGUUAUAUCUUCACCGCAAGACAAUGAGGCUGGGCCUCUUCAGCUCUUUAUUCUUUUCUUUUUUUGGUCCUCCAUUUUCCUGGAUGGUGUGGGAGCCGCAAGCUCGGCGCUAACUUGCAGCCUUCAGGGAGACGAUUGGCGGAGAGUCGCUCUAGCUGGGCUUGCGAUGCACGAUGCCGCAAGUGUGUUUCAUGGGGUGAGCAAGCAUCGAUCAGGGGCGAAUGGGUGAUCUCAUUAGAGAUGAUGUUCAUCGGUCGGGCGGCAUUUAUCGAAAUCGAUUGCAUCUCAGAGUUCAUUCUCUGAGGAACAGCGGCAAUGUGCAGGAGGCCGAUCCGACAUAACUGAUGUGGUCUCUGGUGAGGAGGCUGCCACUGCCACUGCCCCUGCACAACUUGCGACCGCUGAUCGGUGAUGUGUCAAACUCAACACCCGGACGCGUCGAGAACUUGAGAACUCAGAGCAGGGAUUUUUACGCAAACAUCUCCUGUCUGACAAUGGCUUUGCUGCGGUCACUUGCCUUCGGGGUCAAUGGGUGAAGCGAUUGAGGCUGUGCUGGGCGACACGGACAAUAGGCAGUCAUCCAAAGCACGCUCCAUGACCUCACCAUGCUGCGAGAUCAGAUUCAAUUCGAAAGGCAACGAAUCUAUCAUUAUUUCACACCAAGUCACGAUACUGAUGGAUGACGCCGAACAGCUUCCUCGUCAGGGUCGCCAUCUCGCCCCGUCCCCGAGAUCCCCUGAUUCGUGAGUGCGGGGUUCGGCAGCGCGUAAGCGUAUCUAACCCAGUUGAGAAUCAGCGCGGACUACUCUUACUAUGGCAUGAUUCGGUAGCCCAUCAGCCAAGUUGAGAUACGCUUGCGAGAAGAUCCACCACAUGGGUUCCUUGGAAGCAGAGACUCCCCCCCUUUCUACCCCGGCAACCUCGGUAGAUCUACACAAUCAGAUCAUGGCGGCCGAACCCCGUGCGGGGAAGGGGUGCAUUUCUUUUUGCGGGACGAGCUAUGGGGAGCGAUAAAAGAAGCAGAAGGGGACUCUCUGCACAUCAGCUUACAAUAGUCGCUCAUGAACGAUGUCGCAAAAAGCGCCCAAGUCAAUCCCGUCCUACAGCCAGAUCGCUUGUGUUGGCGCAGGCAUUAGUGCGAUCGCUCUAGGAGCUACCCUGAAACGAUGGUAUAGUCUGGACGAUAUCCGAUUCUUCGAGCGGCAUGAUGACUGUGGAGGGACAUGGCACAUCAACACGUACCCUGGUAUGAGGCACUGUUGAUUCUUCAGUUGCCCACGCUGACAUCUCUAGGCUGCGCAUGCGAUGUCCCUAGCGCUCUAUAUAGUUACUCCUUCGCGCAGAACCCGAAAUGGACCAAGCUCAUGCCGUCGCAUGAUGAGAUCAAGGCCUACCAGCGCGAAGUGGCGGAUACAUAUGGGCUGCGUCAGAAGAUGACGUUUCGGACAGAGGUGAAGGAGUGCUACUGGCGAGAGGAUGCGUCGCGAUGGCUCAUGGUGCUGCGCAAGAUUGAUACGGACGAGAUCUUCUACCACGAGUGUCAGAUUCUGUUUGGGGCUACGGGGGUCUUGGUUGAGCCUCGGCCGUGCGAUAUCCCGGGUGCAACAACGUUUAACGGCUCGAUCUUUCACUCAGCGCGAUGGAACCACGAUGUCAGUUUAGAGGGGAAGAGGGUCGUGGUCGUUGGGAAUGGAUGCACCGCUGCUCAGAUUGUACCCGCAAUCGUCGACAGCGCCGCCUCAGUAACCCAAAUCAUUCGCAGCCAGCACUGGGUCGUCCGAUCCGCAAACGUCAAGUACACCCCGGGCAUGCUAUGGGCCUUCCAGAACAUCCCGUUCUUGCAGCAGCUGCAUCGCUUUGCGAUCUAUCUAGGAGCCGAGGAGGACUGGCAACUGUUCCCCAUGACCAAGAGUGCCGCCAAAUACCGACAAAAGCGGCGCAAGCAGAUCGAAGCCUACAUGCGGAAAACAGCCCCGGCCAAGUAUCAUGACAUUUUGAUCCCGGACUUUGAAGUCGGCUGCAAGCGCCGAAUCUUCGACUGCGGCUACCUCGCCGCUCUACACGACCCCAAAACCUUCCUCACAGACGCCAAGAUCCUCGAAAUCGUCCCCGAAGGCGUCAAAACCUCCGAUGGCCUCAUCCCCGCCGAUGUCAUCGUCCUCGCGACCGGCUUCGACACGACUCGUUUUUUACCGGGGCUCACGGUCCACGGUCGAAACGACACAACAGUCGAGGAACAUUGGAGUCGACAGGAUGGCCCGGGGGCGUAUAACACAUCUGCAAUGAACCGGUUCCCGAAUUUCUUCAUGCUGCUUGGUCCGAACACGGUUACUGGACAUACGUCGGCUAUUAUGGCUUCAGAAAACUCCGUAAACUACGCUCUUCGAGUCCUGAAACCGGUGCUCGACGGAUCUGCGUCCUCCGUCGAAGUCAAGCUCGAGGCCGAAGACACAUACAUCCAAAAUGUCCAGUCCGCGCUUAAGGAUACCGUCUGGCAUUCGGGUUGUAACUCGUGGUACGUCAACGGCAAAGAAUGGAACGCGAUGGCAUACCCGUGGGCACAGUCACAUUUCUGGUACAGGAGCUUGUUCCCCGUGUGGAAGGAUUGGGACAUUAAGUGGGUCAAAAAACCAGCAACUCGGAGCUGGAGGAAAUUCAUCUUGGCUUUGAUACUCUUCGUCGGUGCCGGGUCGGCUUCGCUCAAUGCAGCCUGGCUAAGGGGCGUCGCUGUUUUGCUGCGGCAGAGGGUUGGGUUGUGAGUGUGCUGAUACGGAGUGUGUUUUUGGGGUUUCCUAAGGAUUGUGUAUUAUUAUUCAAUCAGGAUAUAAUUUGCUAAUGGCUCUAGAGCAUAAAACAUAUAACUUAUUCUCAGCUAUAUAUUCCGGGAGUGCGGGAAUCGCAGCACGCAAUGGCAG